GUUUUCCCACAUAGUUCUUUCCAGCCUCAUCCUCCCUUUUGCUCAAUAACUCUGCAGUGAUUAAAUGGCUUCUUGCAACAUGAGUAUACAGAGCUGAAUUCCAGAGCUCGUGGGUGGGGAAGGAGUGCUCAGACACACUGAUUUUAGAAGAAAUACCCCAAAACGGUGCUCGUGGUUGUCCCUCCUUGUACCAGAUCAACACUGUGAGCUGUAUGUUCUUUUUUGGAUUCUUAAGACUGAAGAAUUUCUCUGGGUAAACACAGUGCAAAACAUCUCAGGCUCUCUGAUAGACUGCAAGGAAACUUCUGGCUUAAGUUAGUUGAAAAGAAAAGUUGGAGUCAGCAGAGUUACUAACAAACCAUUCACGAUGUCAAUCAAAAAGGAAGGUGCCCACAAGAAGUGGGCUGCCCUGAAGGAGAAACUCGGACCCCAGGAGACUGACCAGUCAGAGGCCAACCUGGAAAAUGCAGAGCCAGAGCUGUGCAUCCGUCUCCUGCAAAUGCCCUCAGUGGUGAACUACUCCGGGCUGAAGAAGAGGCUGGAGAACAGCGACGAUGCCUGGAUGGUCCAGUUCCUGGAGCUGUCCGGCCUGGACCUCCUCCUGGAGGCCCUGGACAGGCUGUCUGGGCGAGGAGUGGCCAGGAUAUCCGAUGCCUUGCUUCAGCUCACCUGCAUUAGCUGUGUGCGAGCGGUCAUGAACUCCCACAAAGGCAUAGAAUACAUUGUGAGCAACGAGGGCUACGUCAGAAAACUCUUCCAAGCACUUGACACAACUAAUGUCAUGGUCAAAAAGCAGAUAUUUGAGCUCCUGGCUGCACUGUGCAUUUACUCAUCAGAUGGCCACUCUUUGGCUCUGGAUGCCUUGGACCAUUACAAGAGUGUGAAGAACCAGCAGUAUCGAUUCAGCAUCAUAAUGAACGAGCUCUCCAACACAGACAACGUGCCAUACAUGGUGACACUGCUGAGUGCCAUCAAUGCCAUCAUCCUGGGGAAAGAGGAGCUAAGGACAAGGACACAAAUCAGAAACGAGUUCAUAGGGCUUCAGCUGUUGGAUGUUUUAGACAAGCUAAGAGACAUCGAGGAGGAGGAUCUGCUUAUCCAGUGUGACACAUUUGAGGAGUUCAAAAUAGAGGAUGAUGAGGAAUUAUUAAGGAUAUGCGAUGGGAUAAACAUGAAUGAUCAUCAUGAGGUUUUUUCAUCUCUCUUCAAUAAAGUGAGCCGCUCCCCAGUCUCUGUCCAGCUGCUGUCCAUCCUUCAGAGCCUGCUGCACUUGGAGCCCUCUCAUCACUCCAGCCUCCUGCUGUGGGAGUCCCUGGAUGCCGUAGUGAACAGAGCGCUUUUACUCGCCAACGACAUCCAAGGGAACACAGUUGAAGAAGUCAUUGAGAGGCUGCUAUCUAUCAAAAAACAUCCAAACAAGCAAAAGCGAGCUGAGAACCGCCUGUCUGGGAGCGCAGCUGGAGGCGUCCAGGGUGAACCAGAACCAUGUGCUCGUGCAUCUCGGUGUCCAGUGGGAUCAUCAAACCCCACCAGAGCACCAGGGACUUCCUCAGGGCCACUGGCCAAUGAAAAGAAGAUCUCAUCCUGCCAGUUCACAGCCUGCUGUGCUCUGCCAGAGAAAUCUAACCCUCCCUCCAACACUGCUCCCAACCCAGCACCUCCAGCCCCACCCGCUCUACCCUCUGGCACAGCAGCCAUGAACCCCACAUCCCCCAUUACAAAUACACCUCCAGCCCCUCCACUCCCUGCCAUCCCUCCUCCUCCACCCCCAUUGCCUGGCAUGGGGAGUAUUCCCCCUCCUCCUCCACCCCCACUGCCUGGCAUGGGUGGCAUCCCUCCUCCUCCACCCCCACUGCCUGGCAUGGGUGGCAUCCCUCCUCCUCCACCUCCACUGCCUGGCAUGGGUGGCAUCCCUCCUCCUCCACCUCCAUUGCCUGGCAUGGGUGGCAUCCCUCCUCCUCCACCCCCACUGCCUGGCAUGGGUGGCAUCCCUCCUCCUCCACCCCUCCUUCCUGGCAUGACAGGAGAUCACAUAGAGGCCGUGGUGGCCUCCCAGUACAGCUGCCCCCUGGGCAUGGGCAGGCCUCCCCACAAGACAGUGAAGACACCAACGCUGAGGAUGAAGAAGCUGAACUGGCAGAAGCUGCCCUCCAACGUGGUGAGAGAGAGCCACUCAAUGUGGGCUUCUGUGAGCAGCAGCAGCGAGGAAACGAUAGAGCCCAACUACAGCAGCAUCGAGCAGCUGUUCUGCUUCCCACAGCCAACCCCCAAGGAGAAGACAGCAGCACCAGUGAAGGCAGAGCCGAAGGAGAUCACAUUUUUGGACUCCAAGAAAAGUCUCAAUUUGAACAUAUUUUUGAAGCAAUUUAAAUGCUCCAAUGAAGAGGUGACUGCCAUGAUCCAGAAUGGGGACCGGACCAAGUUUGAUGUUGAGGUUCUGAAGCAGUUGCUGAAGCUGCUGCCUGAAAAGCAUGAGAUAGAAAAUCUGAAGGCUUUCAAAGAAGAGAAGUCAAAACUAGCAAAUGCAGAUCAGUUCUAUCUUCUUCUCCUUCAGAUUCCCAGCUACCAGCUGCGCAUCGAGUGUAUGCUGAUCUGUGAAGAGACCACGGUCGUGCUCGACAUGAUUCAGCCCAAAGCUGAAGCCAUCCGCAGAGCCUGUGAAGAUCUUCUGACCAGUCAUCGCCUGCCAGUCUUCUGUCAACUGAUUCUCAAAGUUGGAAACUUCCUGAACUACGGAAGUCACACAGGCGAUGCCGAUGGGUUUAAAAUCAGCACUUUACUCAAACUAACAGAAACCAAAGCAAACCAAACCCGCAUUACACUGCUCCACCAUAUUCUGGAGGAAGUAGAAAACAGCCACAAGGACCUACUGGAGCUGCCAAAGGAUCUUGAAUAUGUUUCAAAAGCUGCAGGAAUUAAUCUUGAUAUUAUACGCACCGAAUCCGGGACCAAUUUAAAGAAGUUGCUGGAGCUUCAGCGGAAAGUCUUAUCAUCAAAUGAGGAUGUGAAACAACAAUAUGAGAAACCCAUCCAGGACAGCAUCGAUGCCUCCAGAAAGCUGGAAGAAGAAUUUGAAACCAUUGAAAAGAAGAGAGAAGAACUUGCAAAUUAUCUCUGUGAAGACCCAAGCAAGUUGUCCUUAGAGGACAUAUUUAGCAUCAUGAAGACCUUCAGAGAUCUCUUCAUCCGAGCCCUGAAGGAAAACAAGGACAGAAAGGAGCAAGCUGCCAAAGCAGAGAAGAGGAAAAAACAGCUAGAAGAGGAAGAGGGAAAGAGACAGAAAGGAGAAAAUGGAAAAGUCAUCAAGAAGGGGUUGAUGAAGCAGGAGGAGGUGUGUGUCAUCGACGCCCUGCUCGCCGACAUCAGGAAAGGGUUCACGCUGAGAAAGACAAAGAACAGACACGAGUCAGAUGCAGCUCCUAAACCCUUGUCUGCAGAGAGCCCGGAGGAAAACCAUUCUGGAAAGAGCAGGAAGGAUCCACAAGCAGCAGGGAAGCAGAUUGAUGACUCGACCGAGCAAAACAAGGAUGAUCAUCCCUCAGAAAGCCCUCCUCCCUCAGCCACUGCCCCAAUGGAGACUGGUGGAGGUGUUACAAAUGGUUUGGCUUCAGGCCAAGUAUUGCCUAAAAACAGUGCUGGAGGAAGUUUGCCACAGGAGUCCCAGACCAAAAGCCCCUUAGUGAGCAUGGUGGAAGCUGAUGGAGCCAGUCAGACCAUGCUGGGGCCUGGGAUGGGGCAGGCAAACAACGUGGAAAGCCUCCAGCCCAGCACAAAGAGCGGCUCCUUUGCCUUCUCUGUGGCUGACAUAGGCACAAGGAUAAGCUUUGUAAGCAGCAGUUCAGCCUCUGCUCUGAGAGACCAGCUCAGCUGGACUGACAGGUCCACGUCAGGAGGCCAGGACAAGGAAUGCCCAACUGGUGGCUCAGAGAGUGCUCAGUCUGCUCCCUGCAACGAGGCCCAGCAGGUGGAGUCAAAAGAAAUGAGGAAGGAAAAUGAAGACCCAGGUACAGACUCGCUGUUGGACACCUCUCAAGACAAGUCCUUCUCAGAGGAGCCGGCCACCGACUCCUCUUGUUCAGCAACACUUCCCCCAGAGCAAGCUCACACCGACAGGGAAAAGCAGAGGCCAUCAGGGAAACGGAAGAAGAAGAAGAGGCACAGCAAAAGCUACUCAGAGGUUGAGACUGAUACUGGAGAUAAUAAAACAAAAAAAGAUUGUGUGGCACAAUGAGGUGUCAUGGCAAGACAGAAGGUGUGAGAGAACCUCUCGUGUCCCUGGAGCACUGCCAACUUUUGAGACUCCAGGUUCUGUAUCAGUGGAAUGCCACCAUGGACAACUUCUGCCCCAUGAAGACCCACAGCCUCUCCUCAUGCAGCCUUUCACUCUCCUCCCCAGAGCCUAAAGAGCCUCCCCAGAGACUUUGGACCCCUCAGCCUGUGCCGUGCACUGGGCACCUGUGGGGGCAGGGGACAGUUCUGUGCAUAGUGGCAGUGAAAGGGUCAGACCUGUCAUGCACUGUCCUGGAAGCCAAGUCUUUCACCCUGCUCUUAGGCCAAACUCCUCUUGAAAUGACAGCUGAGUGUGGCCCAAGAACAGACUGCAGUGUUUAGUCCUCAAAGAAGUGUUAAAAACAGUAGUGCCUCAACUAAAUUAAGGGUAUAAAUUAAGCAGUGGCUGUACCAUCACGGGUGGAGGUGUGUUAAGUCCCUCUUCUCGUUGCCCACUGGUGACUUAUAUUGGACCAGGUCCAAGACCUAGAUUAGACAAAUGUAUUUUUACUCUCAAGCACUUAAAGCAAGGGAAAUUCGUUACAGGGAAAAAAACAAAAACAAUUAAACUGUAUUUUAGUAAGCAUAUGGCCAUAUAAACAGUGUUUGGUUCCUACAUGAUGCUUAUGUGCAAUUGAAGCACAUCAGUAGUCUCAAGUAGUCUUGUCACACAGGCCAAUGCAUCCAUCAAUUUUUGGACAACCAGGGCCCUAGUUUCUCUUACUAAAGCAAAAGAAAGAGGUUUUCCAGAGUGCUCUAUUUGACACAUUUUCAGCUUAUCCUGUAGUAAAUCUCUGGGUUUGACUUCUGUUGUCAGCUGCUUGUACUCAAGAGUCUAUGUCCAAGCUGCAAAAUGUGUGGAAUCAUGUUACUUUGGCUUUAAAACUGGGACUGUGCAGUAUUGUGUUUUCAAAAUUCAGAGCUUUAUUUCUCAAGUUUUGUAAUAACACUGUAUAAUAAUUUUGUACAUAGCUGUCCAUUUAAAAUGAUCUAUGUUUGUUGAAUCUAUGAUGUGAUAUGUACUGAAACAUAAAUCCAGUGGAAGAGCUGGGUACAUUUCAGAACUGUUCAUUUAUAUGGUAACUCACUGUGGCUAACCUAACAUGCAGGCUAAAGCUUAUUUUGCUUUGCUUAAUAGGACUUGUAAUGUCCUUGUAACACUGAAAACUUAGAAGUGAAACCAAGAAUUAAAUCACUGGUUUGCUUUAACCAAGGCAUUUCUAUGAGCAUAUUGAGAACUGGUCAACAGAAGCAGAGAUGAGAGCAGACACAUGGGCAGGUUCAGUGCAGGAGACACUGCAGAGUAGCACAGCCCUGUUGCAACAGAAACCCACUCCUGCUGGCAGAAGCAGGGAUACCACCAGCAUUCCCUGCAGAACCAUGUCACCCAGGUUUGAUUUGCAGGACUGUCUCUAUCAUAUCUACAGUUUUCCCCUUUUUUCCCCUCUUUUCCAGUCUCAGAGCACAUCACCUAAGCACCAUCAUUUUGCUCUUCAGUCUAGCUCCGCUGCUCUCAGGCAGACUGCAAGCUGCCAAAGCCCUGAGUAUUAAACACAUUCUCCCAGCUCUGUGUUUGUGGGAGAGCCUGCAGCCCAGGCUAGCAGUGCACAGCCAGCCUCCUCCUCACCACUGUUAGAUCAAUAGGAACAGCAUCAUUUGGAGAUGCAGGACUGGGGAACAAACCGGUUUUCUGGGUGUUACCUAGGGAACCUUUCCUGCUGGUGCCCCACUGGCUGCUCACUUCAGAUGCUACAGCAUGUAUCCAUUUCUCCAUCUGGGUUUUUCAGUUUCCCCUCAUUUCCACCCAGACAGAGCAGAUCAUUUCCACAGCCAGAACACACUCCAUGUGCUUACCUUGGCCUUUAAAGAGAGGGGGUUUGGCAUUGUUUUUCCCCUGCUUUCAAGAGUUUACAAAGAAAUGGGUUAUUUUGAGCCACCAGAGGCUCUUUGUUCAAUAGUCAUCUGUAAAUUAUCUAUUCAAUCACAUCCCAAUCAGCAGACUCAAGUACAACUUUUAUAAUUUGUUGCUCCAGAGCAGCUCUGCUUCCAUUACAGUGAUUAUUUAUGAAGAACAGAAGAAAAAAAUCAGAGUAGGUCAAAGACUGAUAUUCAACUGGGAUGUGCAGUUUUGUUCUAUUUAUGAGCUUGAAAUAAAGCUCAUGAUCCUGAAGAUUUUUCAGUGGUUGCAAGACCAAAUUAAUUGUUGGUAAAAAGAAUACCACAGCCAAUUCAACAGAGCUGUGGUCAUUUAAAUCAACCAUGAGUACAGACCUCAAAAGAGAAUUCUUGUGAUGUAUAACAGCAACUGCACAUGGGGUCUGGUGUGUUACCCAGGCUGUGACCACCACAAGCUUCUUGCUGCCAAAUAAAUGCAUAUUCUGUAAUUAA